GAAGAACAAGAAGCUGCUGUGUUUGUACUGUAGAGCCUCAUCUGUGACAGAACCAUAAUCACUGUGGAACUUGUUAACUCUGAGGUACACCUCACCCCAGUGGACCAACAGUGUGGAGGUUUCCAGAUGAAGCCUGUGAAGAAGGAAGAACCUGAAGAUAAAGAUGAACUCAAACUGAACAAGGAUUUCUCCUGCUCCUCGUGUCCACGUUCCUCUGCAACCCAAAAUCACCUCCACAAUCACAAGAAGAGCUGCAACCAUGAUAAAUGUGAGACUUUGGUGAAGAUUAAGACUGAACAUGAGGAUCUGACGCCCACCAGAAGCUCCAGUAAUCAGCAAACGUCCUCUGAUCUUUUAAUAAUGCUAUCAGCAAAAGAGGGACACGUCACCCCAAUGGAUCUACAAAAUGAAGGAUUCCAAAAGAAACGAAUUAAAAAGGAGGAGGAAGAAGAUGAAAGUUACUUUUGUAAAGGAACCAUAAUCACUGUGGAACACAUCCUCUCGGAGGGACACUUUACCCCAGUGGACCAACAGAAUGGAGGUUUCCAGAUGAAGCCUGUAAAGAAGGAAGAACCUGAAGAUAAAGAUGAACUCAAACUAAACAACGAUUUCUCCUGCUCCUCGUGUCCACGUUUUUCUACAACCCAAAAUCACCUCCACAAUCACAUCAAGAGCUGCAACCAUGAUAAAUAUGAGACUCUGGUAAAGAUUAAGACGGAACAUGAGGAUCUGAUGCCCACCAGAAGCUCCAGUAAUCAGCAAACGUCCUCUGGUACUGUCAGCAUUAACACCUCUCUCAGUCCCACACAGCAAGAAGGAAACGUCUGCUCACAGUGUAAGAAGAGCUUUAGGUUCCAGAGUGAACUCAAAAUACACCAGCGCAUUCACACUGGAGAGAAACCAUGUCAGUGUUUACAGUGUGGGAUGAGUUUUAUUUGCCAGAGUCAUCUCAAAGUACACCAGCGUAUUCACACUGGAGAGAAACCCUAUCAGUGCUCACAAUGUGCAAAGAGUUUUAAUCGCCAGAGUCAUCUCAAAGUACACCAGCGUAUUCACACUGGAGAGAAACCCUAUCAGUGCUCACAGUGUGGGAAGAGUUUUAAUCAACAGAAUAAUCUCAAAGAACACCAGCGCAUUCACACUGGAGAGAAACCGUAUCAGUGCUCACAGUGUGGAAAGAAUUUUAAUGCACAGAGUAAUCUCAAAAUACACCAGCGCAUUCACACAGGAGUGAAACUAUAUCAGUGCUCACAGUGUGGGAGAAGUUUUACUCAACAGAGUUAUUUAAAAAAACACCAGCGCAUUCACAUUUUACAGAAAUGAUGCUGUCAGUGUGGGAACUGUAGGCACUGUAAGUGUGACACAUCAGAUUCUACCAAACGAGCUAAAAGACUAAUAUAAACCCUCAUUGAGUAAGAGAGGGAGUGAGUAAGUACCUGAGUAAAUGAGUGAGUUACUUAUUUAAGUUUAUGCUUUCAAUUAAUAGUGGAAGCAAAAUUACCUCACGUCUGUUGGUUUUUUGCUCUGACCCUCUUUAGCUGAGAAAUGGGCUUUUCAGCUUGUAUAGAGAGGUGUGGCAUGCAGGAGAUGAACUUUCCUUAAAAUCCCAUGAUGAAAUAAUUGCUGCCCACCAUGCAAGUUAACCACUUGCGGUCAGUAGGUGACGCUAAAAGCUUAUUUUUAACAAAAACAUUUUAAGUUGGCUCACAAAAGAAACUCUGCACAGUGCACAAUUGAAGUAAACUGUAGUACCAAGAUGGUGGAGUGCAUAGAUUACCGAUUGUGCUGUGGUUUAAGAUAGACAAGCCUACUUGCACAGUCAGUGUCAUCCUGACCUACUUAAAUAAACAGUUUUUACAUGUUGACACAUAUGUUACUUAUAUAACUUGUUUUUCACACAUUUUCAUGGUUAGGCUUAUAUAAUUUGGUACAAACAGUUUGGUACAAUCUGAUGUUUUCACAUACUUGAGCAGUUUCUACAGUCUGGGCAAACUUAUCUAUUUGAAGUAGAUCUUGGAGUGUGUUUGCGUUAGUGGAAGGGUGAGCGUUUGGGCAGUGCACCAAAACCUUUCCACUCAUUUUAAAAGACGCUUAGCGCACACUCAAGUUUGAUUAAGGAAUUUGGGGUCCUGGCACUGCCCAGGAUUUUCCCUAAUCAGUUGCUGCACAGGCCUCCCAGUCUAGAGGUGGCAGGAUAAUGAUUUAAAGAGCUGAUUGGUGAUAUGUGUUUUUUUCCUUUUGCUAUGUGUUGCAUGGAUUAGUAUUGUUAUGUCAUUUAUGUAUUUUGCUAGUUAUUGCUUGUUUGUUAAUAAAAUAUAUAAAUACAUA